GAAAUUUGCACAGACGAUGAAAGCGACGAAAUCUUGAACCAGAACCUAAGGUUGGCCAUGGCCACCUCCCGCAUAUGGUCCUUCGCACUCAAUACCGUCUCACUGCUCUGUCUGCUGACCGGGAUCUAUUAUGCGGUUCAGUUCCACAGAAAACCGCUUCUGGCAUGGGACGUCCCGACACACCUUUCCUACCAGAAGAUAGGAACCGUUGGCCACUCGCGCAGUCUGGCGCGCUAUGACGCCGAUCUCUGGAACUACGCCAUCCAAAUCUGCGGAGGAGUCAUCGCGGUGAUUACUCUUGUUGCCUUCCAGCGUCACGGCAAUGGGCAAGCACAAUGGACGACGGCCCAGCCCAAUUCGGGCCCGAGUGCGCGCCGAGCGCCCAACUCGGCGACAUCAAGCAUAUGGAACGAGUUCGGGUUCAACUUCCGCAGCAAGAUGGGUCCCAGCACCAUCUUGGCGUGUAUGACGAUUGGCGCGGGGGUCUUCUCCAGCCUGUUGGGCAUGCACCCCGCAACAUGGACGACAACGAGCCCCAUCCGCGCGGUUUCCACGGCGGCCAUCACCGCCGAGAUGACGCGCGUCCCUGCCGCGACGCCGUGGGACAUGUCGGCCGUGAUGCUGCGCAGCGCGUUCGAGCGCGUUGUUUCGACCGUCUACCCGUCCAUUCGGACGCACGGCGUCGGUGUCGCGCCGGCCCCGUGGGAGCGGAGGGGCUACCGCGUGCCGGUUGACCAGGGCCUGCAGCGACAGCACCGAGGACUGGGCCUGGGCUACGAAGUUCACGAAUUUGCCUCGACGGAAGAACCUGAUGAGCCCAACACUGUCACACACCGCUUCCACUUCUCGCCCAAGACAGACUGGCACACGCGCGGGCCGAAUCAAACCGUCACAUACGUGGACGGGAGCAAGGGGUUCAACCUCGAGACCUGGCAAGCCCUGAAGAAGGAUGGCGAUGACGCCAGGCAUGCGGACAACAUCGAGGUACACCAAAUCUUCGUGUUCACCAACGUUGGGCCAAUCAACCGUGUCCCCAGGGUCAUCCUCCUCGAUUGUCUGUACGGAGGUGCCGAUGUCAUCAGGCAAGUGACCAUGACCUCACCCCUGGAGCCUAUCUCCAUCGGGGACAUCAUGGACACCAAGGACGCUCUCGACAUGGAGGACCUGUACCCCAUGGCGUCAGCCAUCGAGAACGCCCUCGGCCGCGAUGGAGGCGCCAUGGUCGCCGGCAUGGCGGCUGCCGGAAUGACCUCGCUCGAAAUGUGGGAUCAUCUCCGCGGCCGGACGCUCGCGCUAAACGAGCUGGUCGAGCACAUCUUGGUCGACACCGCACAGGCCUACUUCAGCCUUGUCCGGCAGUGGAGGGAGGAGGCUCAAUUCUUCUCGUGGCCACGAGACGUUCCGGCGGGCCAUCUGACGGCCACCACGAAGCGCAUCGGCUGGGAUGGCAGCGCCGGCGUGGGGGGCCUGAUCGUACUCGGACUGCUUGCGCUGUUGCCGCUGACGGCGCUGACGAGUCUCUGGAGAGGGAUGAUGCGGGACUAUGGACGGAGGCAUUUUUCCAGUGAGUUCGAACUGAGGGACGGGGUGAUUAAGAAGAAAUCUGAAUAGAACUCAUUGAUUUGUUUUGCUUCAAUUGGCUUCCUCGUCA